CUAGAAUGUUGCACUCAUAGCAGCCACCAAAAAUUCAGAAUUAUCCGGGCAAGAGAGUAUUAAAUUACACAUUUCUCAAAGAAUUGGGAAAAGGGGCAUUUGGUUAGGUAUAAAAAUUUAAAUUACUAAAAGGUCUUUUCUGCCAAAGUUGACAAGACAUCAGAUUUGGUAGCGAUUAAAUGUGUUCCAAAAGCAAAAUUAAGUGAGCACAGAGGAAUUGUUGGCUAAUUAUUAGAUAGUGAAAUUGAGGUAUUAAGAUAAAUCAACAGUGAGCAUGUAAUAAAAUUCAUAAAUUUCUUUUAAUCAGAGAAUUAAUGUUACAUUGUUUUGGAAUUCUGUAAUUGUAAAUUUCUUAUCUAUAAUUAAGCUGGUGAUUUUGAAUAAUUGUGGAUCAAAAGAGGGAAAAAGAUACCCGAAAAUGAAGUUAUUGCAUAUAUGAAAUAAGUCUUGGCUGGAAUGUAAGCCCUACAUGAGAAAAAUAUCUUACAUAGAGAUCUAAAGUUGCCUAAUAUUUUGAUUCAUAAUUCUACCUUAAAAAUUGCUGAUCUAGGGUUCUGUAAGUAAUUGAAGGAUCAAAAUCAACAUGAGCACUUGUUUCUUGGNUAGUAUGUAUUAAUAAUUAAUGCGAUUUUAGAAAAAUGAUAUGUGGGUUAAUUAUUGUACUAAUGAGACUAAUAAAGCCAAUAUACUAGAUAACUAAUAGACAAUAAGAAUAUUUUAGAUACUGA